AUGCCUAGAGAAGCGCGCCCAGCUUUGACGGCCGGCAUUGUCACGGAACUUGUCCUAGGCGGCUUAGCCACUGCUGCCGUGGUCCUAGUAUUACGCAUGCAUAGUCUAGCUAUUGUUGCACAGGGACAAACAGGAAGGUUUAGCAGACAAAGACCGUCAUCUGCUAAAGUCCAGAAACCGGUGAUUGUUUGCCCUGCCUACUCUGACCUCUGCUAUGCUCAAUACCAACGUCAGCUGCCACACGUCCGCCCUACCCCUAAAGGCGCUAGGGCAAGUUCUCCUGUUUCUAUAGACAGCUACGUUGCCUAG